AUGUUGAAAGUCGGCCACAAUGGGAAAGUAAAGUUAGAUGAGGACAGCGGUCAUAAUUGUUCUUUGAAAGCACAGUCGUUUAGCUAUUUCAGAUGUGAUGGCACGCCAAAAGUCAUUCGCGCGGGCACCACAUUCAAACUGAGUCUGAAAGAUAAUGAUUACUUACUUCUUGAGGUAAAAGAAAAAUUGACGUAUUGUUUCAUCACAAAGAUUUAUAAAUCAUCCAGCGGUCUUUCAUACCCUAUGAACCACAGAAUCUUAAAAUAAUUCGAUGACCAAGCACUUCUGUCACGAUAGAAGGUCAAACGACAUCGGCACUUACGUCUGACUCACUUUUGUUUAUGCAAAUAACAUGUCCCCUAAUUAAAAAAGUAUUAUACUUCCUCAGAUUUCGUAGGGUUGAUUGGGAAAAAACCCUUUCCAUGCCGCAUUAUUUUUUUAAGAGUUUUCUGGUUGAGAACCGGUAAAAGAAAAGAUGAAAGAGAACAGAAAGACCGUUUAGAAUAAACAACUAAAAAAAGGAGCCCACUUAUUGUGCGGCAACAAAACCAAGGGCAACCAACAUACGAUUUGUUUCACUUUUGCAUCUGAUUGCUUUGGUGAUUGAAGCGAGUUUAAUUUACGGAACCAAUCAGAGAGCACAGAUGAGCGAUAAGAAUAGACUCCGAGAAAAUGAAAGAAACUUAAAAUUAAAAUGAACGAAGAACUUUGCAAAAAUAUUUGAAUACGACGUAUCUCAUGUAAAUAUUGAUAAUUAUUGACUGAACCUCUAUGCUGAGUGAAGGCGAUGGACACAGCAAGCAUAGAUUCCGUAAAGGGUAUAAAAUAAUGAUAUUAUUAACCGCAUCUUUAUGUUCCGUCUAGGUGAUUAACACAACGAGCUUUGAUUCCAUAACGGGUAGAAUCAUUAAGCUGACAAUAAAUUGCAAUAAUGGAAAGAAAACCAAGAGCUUCGUUUUGCUGUUUAAGUAUGAAGGAUCUUUCAAUUGUAAGUUUAAGUUGAUAUUCUGUAUCUCCCGUACUUUAAAAGUUUUUUUUUAUCCUCUUUUAUUUUCUAAAAGUAUUACUGUACCUUUAACUCGAAAACCUAUACCAUAAAUUUCAGAAUGUGUUAAGGCCGGGUAAAAACUGUGUAUUUCAUAGAUUAUUAUUGAAUGUAGGUGUUUCUUCUAUUCACAAAUAUUCAUGUCCUAACGUUGUUCGUCACUUGAAAGAAAAUAAAUUUUCUCCCAAAAGGACCAAGGUUUAUCUCAAUGUGUUGGAACUUGCCAUAGCUUAGUUUGCAAGCAGUGGAGUCAUUAUCUGAUUCGGAUAUUUCUUUACUACUUCACAUUGCUUUGAUGAGAAACCAAUCAGGCCGUCUCUUAUUAAAAGCGUCUCAGUGGUAAAUACAAUGAUGUCAUAUCGCUGCCACGCUUGAAAAUAUCCAUGACCUUGACAUAAUUAUCUUAAAGGUACCAAGGUCACCCAAGGUUCAUCAUCGACUUCCCAAGUUCCUUCGACUAUUCCUUUUACCUCAUCUGUGGUUACUGAUCUGUUAAGGACACAAAAGCGAUCGACGACAUCAGAUUCACCAUCUAAAGUAAGAGUGCAUUUAAUCAUUAAACACGAUAGACAGUAGGCUUUCUUUUGUACGUGCGACUAAAACUUCACAGGAGAGAAAUAGUAACAUAUUGUGCUUAUCGUCUAUAGGAUCCUGUCGUCGCCCGUCGCGAUCCUGGCCACGAACGAGGAACAGAAGGAAAAUCAUCCCCCGUGGCCCUCAUCGCAGGUGUUACCGUCGCCAUCUUGGUUAUUCUUAUCAUUAUUGCCGUCCUGGUCUAUCGACGCCGACAUUCAGGGUUAGUAAGUUCACCUCUUUAGAGGUUUACCACUGAGUGAGCCUCGAGUUGAUACACCGUGGCCAGGUUUUCUAGCGCACGUCCAAAUCGACCUCGUUCCCAGGGCACCCUUUCCCAAUUUUCCAGGGAACGCCCUGGAAACGGGACUUACUCUGAAGAUCAUUGGCCACUGAAGCAAUUUUUUAAAGAUGCCAUCAAUUCUUUUGACAGGGAUAACUCCAACUCUGGUAAAAAAGCAAAGAGAAAAGGUUACGUAUAAAUUAAAGACUUUGAUUUGGCCUCUUAUCGCUUUUCAAUCAACUUUAAUUUUUUGUUGUCGUAGAAAACAGCGAUGAGUAGUCUGGACGGAAUUACACUGGAUACACUGGGUAACGAGGAUCAUUACAAAGCGCUUACGUUAAGAGAACCAGGUGAGUAAAAGUCGCCUUUCAACGCCAAUUAAGUCUGUCUCAAUCUGUGAAUAUUGCAGAAACCACUUCUAUUUUUUAUCAAAGCCUUUCAUGACUACUUUUGGUACUCGAAUAGAUAGAGAGUCAUCCAUAGAUGCUUCGAGAAAAGGCUUUUGGAUUAAAGAAUCCUACAAGAAUAUGACUGAUCGAGUGAAAAAUCCAUAACAGCAAUGUUUAUUCUGCAUGCACCAUAGAAUAGAUGAAUUAUUUUGACUAAUUAUAUCUUAAAUGUUUUAUACUUGUAGCUGUUUAUGAAUCAGUUCGAAAAAAUGAAAAAAUGAUCAUGGCGAAGGACAUAUCUACGCUCCUUUGA